AUGGCCUCGAUAAACGAGAAAGUCGGCCCUCCCCCGCCCGCCGACGGCGCCCCGAGCCUCGCAAGCUCCGACGGAUACGACACCAGCCACUACUCCGACAACGCGGACGCCCUCCACCGCCGCCUCAACAACCGCCACAUCCAGCUCAUCGCCAUCGGAGGCUCCAUCGGCACGGCCAUGUUCAUCAGCAUCGGCGGCGGCCUCGCCAAGGGCGGCCCCGGAAGCUUGCUCAUCUCCUACGCGCUGUACAGCUGCGUGCUCGCCCUCGUCAACAACUGCAUCACCGAGAUGACCACCCUCAUGCCCGUCAGCGGCGGCUUCAUCCGCCUCGCGGGGCUUUGGGUCGACGACGCCCUCGGGUUCAUGGCCGGGUGGAAUUUCUUCUUCUACGAGGCUUUGCUCAUUCCGUUCGAGAUUACCGCGCUAAACCUGGUCUUGUCGUUUUGGAAUGAGAAUAUGACGAAUCCCGGACCUACGGCUGGUGUUUGUGCUGCGUGUAUUGUUGCUUAUGGUUUACUGAACGUAGUUGCCGUCCGCGGCUACGGCGAGGCAGAGUUCUGGCUCUCGGGAGGAAAAGUUAUCCUCAUAUUCAUGCUCUUCGCCUUCACCUUCGUCACUAUGGUCGGAGGCAACCCGCAACACGACGCCUACGGCUUCCGAUACUGGCGCGACCCAGGCGCGUUCGCCGAGCACCACUCGACCGGCGCCACGGGCCGCUGGGAAGGCUUCCUCGGGGCUCUGUGGACGGGUUGUUUCGCCAUCGUCGGUCCCGAGUACAUCUCCAUGGUGGCGGCUGAAGCGAAGCGACCUCGCGUCUACAUCAAGCAGGCGUUCAAGACGGUGUACUGGCGUUUCGGCAUCUUCUUCAUCCUCGGUGCCUUGUGCGUCGGCAUCGUCGUUCCGUACAACGACCCGACGCUCAUGGGGAUCCUCGACGGCACUGUUGAAGGCGGGGGAACAGCCGCAGCCUCCCCAUACGUCAUUGCCAUGAAGAACAUGAACAUUAAAGUACUCCCGCACAUCACCAACGCGCUCAUUUUCACGUCCAUCUUCUCGGCCGGGAACACGUACACGUACUGCGCCAUCCGAUCUCUCUACAGCCUGGCGCUCGAGGGCCGCGCGCCGAGAAUCCUGACCAAGUGCACCAAGUCCGGCGUGCCCAUCUACUGCUACUGCGUCGUCAUGAUGUUCCCGCUCCUCUCAUUCCUUCAGGUGUCCAACAGCUCGUCACAGGUCCUCACCUGGCUAGUCAGCCUCAUCACGGCGGGUGGCCUCAUCGACUAUAUCGUCAUGUGCGUCACCUACAUUUUCUUCUACCGUGCCUGCAAGGCCCAGGGCGUCGACCGCAAGACUUUCCCCUAUACCGGUUGGUUCCAGCCGUACUCGGCGUGGAUCGCGCUCGUGGCCGAGAUCGUCGUCACGCUGUGCUACGGGUACAGCAGCUUCCAGCCGCCGGACGUCGAGACGUUCUUCUCCAACUAUACAAUGGUGAUCCUCGCGCCGGUGCUUUACAUUGGCUGGAAGGUCAUUAAGCGUACCAAGUUCGUUAAGCCCGAGGACGCGGAUCUUGUGUACCAGCGUCCCAUUAUCGACGCGUACGAGGCGAGUAUCAAGACGCCGCCGGUCACCUUUUGGACGGAGAUGGUGCAGAUGGUUGGCCUUCGCAGGCGAAAGGCGAAGGACGGAGAGGAGCAGGCUGAGCAAUGA